CAUAUAUGCAUGCCAUGUGACUUCUCACUCAAGCAAAGAAUUAAAAAAGAGAAGAUCGAUCACGAUGCUACUGACCGUUGUUCAUGCUCUUAAACCGAACAAUCAUUCACCACAAUCCUCGUACUAACAACACACACACUUCCAAACACAAACAUGAAUAUCCGGUUAAGAAACCGUCAUAUGAAUCAUGAACCCGGAACAGGACCAGUUCCUGUUCCGGGCUCAGUUCCAACUCUCAGACGAGAUGACUACGAGCUAAAGAACACACACCCGCACCUUGGAGGCGAGAGAUUAACGAGCACGUAUGAUCUCGUCGAACAAACUUACCAUCUUUAUGUUCGAGUCGUGAAGGCCAAGGAACUUCCCCUUGGAGCGGACCCGUAUGUUGAGAUCAGGCUCGGGAACUACCGAGGUCGAACGAACCAUUUCGAGAAGAAAACGAACCCCGAGUGGAACCAAGUGUUCGCCUUUUCGAAAGAUCGGGUUCAGUCAUCGACGUUGGAAGUUUACGUGAAAGAUAAAGAGAUGUUCGGGCGAGACGAGUAUAUCGGGAGAGUGGUUUUUGAUUUGAAUGAGAUCCCGACACGUGUCCCACCGGAUAGCCCGUUAGCGGCUCAGUGGUACCGCGUGGAGGACCGGCGGGGACAUGGGGAGAUAAUGCUUGCGGUUUGGAUGGGGACACAGGCGGAUGAGGCGUUCCCCGAGGCGUGGCAUUCGGAUGCAUCAUUUGCGCACGGGGAAGGUGUGUUUAAUGUUCGGUCGAAAGUUUAUGUGUCGCCGAAGCUUUGGUAUCUUCGGGUGAAUGUUAUAGAAGCUCAGGAUGUUAUCCCGAAUGACCGGACGCGUGCUCCGGAAGUUUCGGUGAAGGUGGAAGUCGGGAACCAAAUGCUACGGACGAAGAUAAGCUCAACGAGGACGAUGCAUCCGUUAUGGAAUGAAGAUUUCAUGUUUGUGGUGGCCGAGCCGUUUGAGGAACACUUGGUUCUAACCAUUGAGGACCGGGUUCACCCUUCGAGGGAUGAGGUUUUGGGUGUGUUGAGUCUUCCGAUGACCGUGUUCGAAAAGCGGCUUGACCAUCGACCCGUUCAUUCACGGUGGUUCAAUCUCGAGAGGCAUGGAGUUGGUGAGAUGAAGUUUUCGAGUAGAGUACACAUUCGGGUUUGUUUAGAAGGGGGUUACCAUGUGUUAGAUGAAUCGACGUUGUAUAUAAGCGAUCAAAGGCCAACCGCUAAGCAACUAUGGAAGCGACCUUGCGGGAUUCUUGAAGUCGGGAUUUUGGGCGCACAAGGUUUGCUUCCUAUGAAAAUGAAAGACGGGAGGGGGACGACCGAUGCUUAUUGUGUGGCGAAGUAUGGGCAAAAAUGGGUUCGAACACGAACGAUUCUUGACACCCUUAGUCCGAGAUGGAACGAACAAUACACUUGGGAAGUGUAUGAUCCGUGCACGGUUAUCACUCUUGGUGUUUUCGACAAUUGUCACUUGGGGGCCGAGAAACCAGGUCUAGAACGAGAUUCAAGAAUCGGGAAGGUGAGGAUCCGGUUAUCAACUCUAGAAGCUCAUCGUAUAUACACAAACGCAUACCCGCUACUCGUGCUCCAUCCUUCCGGGGUGAAGAAGAUGGGUGAGCUCCAACUUGCGGUUCGGUUCACCACACUAUCACUAGCCAACAUGGUGUACCUCUAUGGUCACCCUUUGUUGCCCAAGAUGCAUUACCUAAACCCGUUAACGGUUAAUCAAGUCGACACGUUAAGGUACCAAGCCAUGAACAUAGUGGCGGCACGGCUAGGCCGAGCCGAACCGCCUCUCAGAAAAGAGGUCGUCGAGUACAUGUUGGAUGUCGAUUCUCAUAUGUGGAGCAUGAGAAGAAGCAAAGCCAACUUCUUUAGGAUCAUGUCGUUGCUUUCGGGUUUGUUUUCCAUCAGCAAGUGGUUCAACAACGUUAAAGAAUGGAAAAACCCGAUCACAACGGUUCUUGUUCAUAUCUUGUUUUUGAUCUUGUUAUGGUAUCCCGAGCUCAUACUUCCCACCAUGUGCCUCUACAUGUUCUUAAUCGGGCUCUGGAACUACAGGUUCCGAGCCCGACACCCACCUCAUAUGGACCCAAAACUCUCAUGGGCCGAGGCGGUGCACCCUGAUGAGCUCGACGAAGAGUUUGACACUUUCCCAACAUCACGACCGCCAGACACGGUCCGGAUGAGGUAUGACCGGAUCCGAAGCAUAGCCGGAAGGAUCCAGACCGUGGUGGGAGAUAUUGCUACACAAGGUGAGCGGUUAGGUUCGUUGCUUAGCUGGAGGGACCCUCGGGCUACUAGUCUGUUUGUUGUUUUUAGCCUUUGCUCGGCUGUAGUUCUUUAUGUGACUCCGUUUCGAGUGGUUGCGUUGGUUACCGGGUUGUAUAUGUUACGACACCCUCGGUUCAGAAGCAAGUUGCCUUCGGUCCCAAGCAACUUCUUUAGGAGACUGCCUGCGAAAUCAGAUAGUUUACUCUAACUUGCUUUUGAAUCAUCAAGCAAAAGCAAGAAACAGUUGACAGUUAUGUGUUGUCAUCAAUUUGAUUUUCUUAUGUUUUCAACUUUUAUUUCUUUGUAAUGUUUGAAUAAAUAUAUGAAUCCAUGUUUUUCAAUGGUUCA